UAUAAUAAAUAAAUUUAGUUAUUGCAAAUGAUUCAAUACGAGUUGGUAAAACCGAUGAGUACAAGUAAAACGACCCACACUUCUGCCAAUAUGUCAGAAGAGAAUAUAUAAAUGCUCGGUUAAUCCAGCUAUGUGUUAUUAUAGUUUGAGACUAUAGUAAGCAGUGGUUGUGCACUCCGUGAUUGUUAAAUUAUAAAUAUAAAAAUUAAAUUAUAAUUUAUAAUUUAAGAGAAAAUUUAAAUUUUGUUAAAAAAAAAUUAACAUAUAAUUAUUGUCAACGACAUGAAAUUUUCUAUACAAUAAAAAGUAUAAAAAAAUUAUAAAAAAUUAUAAACUUUGUAUACAAAAAGUAACGAUGCAAAAUUAAAUUAUUUAUAAUUUAUUUUUAUGAUUUUUACAAAGUAAGCUGUGCGUGGUGACGACUCAUUAAAAUUAUUUAAAAAAAAAAAAUAUAUAUUUUUUUAAAUAAAUAAUAAACUGUAAUUGUAAAAAAUAAAAAAUUAAAUUAUAUAAGGAAGUAAGUGUUUUACUUGCACGUGAAUCAAACGUGGCUUUCAUGUGGCCCUAGCUUUCAUUAGCUUCAACAUAAACUUACCCUCCCAGACACGAAAAUAAUACUUGCAAAAACGAGAGUUGAGAAGGGCUUUUUUUUUUAUAGACUAUACAUGAAUGUAAAAAAAUAAAAUAAUACUAUUGAAUACCCUCUGCAGUAUAGAUGCAUAUUGUGCUGGACUCAAGUUUCACGAUCGAUUUUGUGUGUUAUAUUCUUGAAUGUUGUAAAAUAUAAAAAUUAUCAAGAUAAACAAAAUGUAUAAAAAAUAAAUUAAAAAAUUAAAUUAACAUAUACGAGUACAGUGGUUGGUACAAGCUGCAGAAGUUGAAUAGAAAGCAACGAGACAACAUUAAAACAAUUAGUUUAUAUUUAAAAAUAAAUAAAUAAAAUAACAUUUGGAGUUUUAAGUUUAAAACAAGCUGAUUAAAGAAGGUAGAUCUUUUGGAUGAUUGCCAAAAUAUCAGUGGUUGAUCAAGGUGUUCAAAAAAAAAAAUCCAUCGAUUGAAAAACUGCCUCAAAGUUUUAUACUGAAGUUUGACUGUCAGGAUUGUCAUUGAUAAGUUAAAAAGUUUAACGUUGAAAAAUCAUGAGUUAUAUUUUGCUGGGUAUUUUUGCAAUUUUUUUAAGAAUUGAUAAUGCAAUUGGUGAUAAAAAUCAGCCUUACAUUUGUCUUGAUGCUAGAUCUGAUUUACCAAAAUGCAAUUUUACAAGUAUGAAUAAUGACAAUGUGAAAACGAAUCACGAACGAAUGAGAGCAGAAAAAUAUUUACUGAAAAAUCCAGUUGAGAGUUUUGGUAGUGAAACCAUUAUUUACCGACUCGAGGGCUGCAGACCAUCAAGAUUACCAUUUAAACAUCCAAGCUGUACGAAAAAAGACUUGACAAAUCCAGCUGUUGAAGUUCAUAUUAUAUUUCCAUUUAUAAUUGAAAAUAAUAAAUCUGAUGAUACACAAGAAGCACCACUUAUUUUUCCAAAAAUAAUUGAGAGUUUUGGAAAAUUUCAAACAGCAAAUCCAACUAACAUAAUAUUGAGCUAUGAUAAUGAAAAAAAUGAAAAAACAAAAAAUAAAUUAUUUGUUAGAUCAAUUUUAUUAGAUGAUAAAUUAAUCAAUAAUAAUUACAAAUCAAAGCAUCGACACAACCAUAAACAUAAUCAAUUAGAAAAAGAAUUAAUAAAAGACAGUGAAAUCAAUUCAUCGUUAUUACAACGUUAUAUUAAUAAUAUGAAAAAUAAUAUUCAUAAAAAUGACAAAUUAUCAAGUUCACAUUAUAAAAAAUCAAUAAAAGAUAAUAUUGAUAAUAUUGUACCAAUUAUAUUUCCUUAUAAUAAAGCAAUAAGUAUUGAUAAAAGUAAAUAUAAAAAAUUACAAAGUUAUAAUAAAAAUGAAUAUAAAUUAAAAAACAAUAUAAAUAAUAAAAAUAAUAUAUUACAAAUGGAUUUUUUAACUGAAAGAUUAUUAAAUAAUUUAAAACUACAAAAAGAAAUAAAAAUUUAAAAAGCUUUUUUAUUAUAAAAACAAAAAGUAAAUUUAUAUCAAAAUUAAAUUAAUUAUAUAAAAAGAAUAUUUCUUUGAUAAUUAAAUUUUCAUUCAAUUUAUUUGUUUUGAAUGUAAAAAAAAAAUUAAAAUCAAUGAAUGUACCAAGAGCUGAAUAACAAAUCAACUUUUAUACUAAAAAGUAUAAUUAAAUUUAAAAUAAAAAUAAAUAAUAAUUUAAAUUAUUAUUAUUUAUUUUUAUCAAAAAUUCAAUAGUCGUAGUAACGAGUAUAUUAGCUUGUUAUUUGUAAUUAAAAAUUAAAUAAGAAAAAAAAUAUAAGGAAACAAAAAAAAAAAAUUAUUGUCUUUUUGCGCUCGGGGAAUACGUGAGUUUCGAAACUCGGCAACGUUUUAAAACGACCGAAAAAAAUAUUGUGAUACGUAUACGUAAGGCACUAAUAAUAUUAUUUUAUAAUGGUAUUGUUUAUUAUUUUUUUGUGAUUAUAUUUGUUGAUUUAAAA